AUGGCUGCUCCACCACCGCAAACGUUUCCGUACGAUUACUUGUUCAAAGUUUUGAUAAUUGGGGAUGCUUCGGUUGGAAAGUCCUCUAUGCUGUUACGGUUUACGGACGAUUCGUUUGACGAACACAUUCAGUCCACGAUCGGGGUGGACUUUAAAGUAAAGCACCUGGAAGUCGAGGGCAAACGAGUCAAGCUCACUAUUUGGGAUACCGCCGGACAGGAACGUUUCCGAACACUAACUAGCAGCUACUAUCGCGGCGCCCACGGCGUUGUCUUGGUCUACGACGUGACACGGACCGAUAGCUUUGAGAAUUUGCAACAGUGGUUAAAAGAGGUGCAGAUGUAUUCGCCCGGGAACGGUGAAUCCGUCGUCAAACUACUCGUGGGCAACAAGUGUGAUUUGGAACGUCAAGUGCCGUUUGAAGAGGCGGAUGCCUGGGCGCGAUCACAGGGUAUGCUCUUUUUGGAAGCGUCCGCCAAGACACGACUGGGAAUUCGACAAGUGUUUACGGAAGUGGUUAAAAAGAUGCUGGAGAAUCCUGAAACAUUGGCGACAGCGGUGCCGGGGCGGCCCAAGGUGCAAAUCAAACCACAACACGCCAGACCCAACAUGAUGGACGACGAAGAAUCGGGAUGCUGUUAA